UGGCUUCAUGAUUUAAAAUAACUGAGAAGCCACUGGAUGGCCUCAAAGACUUAAAAAUAUAUGACUAAACACUACUUUUCUGUUGUGGAAUACCCUAACAUCACCCUGUGUAGGUCAACUCAAACUUUAAAGUCACAUGAUGAAGCCAUACGCGGGCUAAAUCUGCAACGUGUAUGGUUUGAAUUACAUGAAACCAAGUUCCUGUUUCCUACAGAACUGUGGUUUUUUGUUGUCUGAGUUUUCGAACUGAACACGUCACCACACACAGGAAGACAAGUAUGCAUUAAAACUUAUUUUCCUCAUCAAUCCGAUCAUAAAGACAGCAUCAGCCUGUUGCAUCUGCAUUUUGUUUCACAGUUUGCAGAAACACCAAGCAACCCAAGUUCUUCACAAGAAUGGUCUCUCAUAAUAUGACCUGGAUGAAGUACCCAAGCCAGAGCAGAGAUUCAUUCACAAGUUUUGAAGACAUCAUAUUCUCACAGCAUGUAAUAUCAAGAUUUAUGCACUGCUAUAUUACGCUCUUUGUACCAACUGGUCUACUAGCUGGGAUUGUUAUUUUGGGCAUCCUCAUCAAGAACCAUAUGCAGCGCACCAAUGAGAAAUUAGAUACAAUGCUUUUUGCUCAUACCAUCAGCAACAUGUUAAUGAUUCUUUUAUCACUCACCAUCAUCACAAGGCCUGCCUACCUCAAAGUAUCCUAUUUUGAGUGUGGAACACUGUCGUUUUUUUUCAAUUUGAAUUACUUCAGCUCUCAGUACCUUCUUGUCCUCAUGGUGCUUAGCUUUUUUCUUUAUAGGCACCCACCCCAAAAUGCUUUAAUUAGCAAGGCACAUCAAAACCCUAUGGUAUCUGUUGCAUUUGCACUGAUAUGUUCCUUUUGUGCUGCACUAAUAGUGGUGGCACUGCUGGGCAUGGAGAAUUACCAUGAAGAAACAGACUGCCAAUUAGAUCCUUUAUUUGCAUGGCCUGAAUACGAGAUUAUUAAAUUUACCUUUGGCUUCUGCAUUCCAUCUUUGGCCAAGCUUCUCUGCUUUAUUCUAAUGUUUGUUAGAAAAGUUCAGCCAGAAAUCCAUCCCUCAAGAUAUAAUAUUCACCCUUAUUUGACUGUUUUGGUUAUUACAAUAACAAUGUUUGUGUGUCGUCUAUUUUACAACAGUAUGAUUCUCUCUAGGACCAGCUUGAAGAUACAGAGGACAAUAGGGACACCCCAAAAUGAGCUGACAAUGAAUAUUGCAGAGAUCCUGCUGUUCAGCGAAAGCUGUGUUAGUUUAGUUAUCAUUCUUUGCCUUCAUAAACCAUGCAGAAUCAGCUUAUUGAAUGUUAUAACUAAUCUCACAAACGUUUGCAGGAGGAGACAUGCUAGUAACAGUCCUCUUGAAAUACCAGAGACUCGUACUGAAGUCUCAUCUGGGCCCUCUGAAAAUGGAUCACGCUGACCUUUGCCUUCCAAAAUAUUAGCAUUAAAGAAAAAAGCUACACAUCUGCCAACAUACAGAACCUGAAGGAAUAAAAGAUUUGCAAGCUUAUUUAUUCUUACAACCUGAGGAACAAAUAUUCUCCAGCUGGGGCUGAAAGCUACAAUCAUAGUUACUUAAUGUUCCUCCUGUGUUGCUAUCGCACGUCGUUGUUGUGUGCUGAUGUAUGGACAGCGGAGUGAACAACAGGACAGACAACAUGGUCAAGAGCUUUUAUAAAAAGAAACUUUUUCAGGAUCAACAAAGGGGUAAUGAAUAUGGAAGACUGCAUGGGAGAGUGAAGGGAGAUCUUGAUAAAGCAGUGUAUCACCUAGGAUUUAAUGUAUUAUUCUACAAGUGACUCAUAUCAACAAAAUUAACUAAGUUAUCAUGCACCAUAGUCCUUCAAUCCAUACAUUUUUAUCCCCCUCCUAACACACAUUCAUAAGGGAUACAAGUCACUUGAAGAGGGGGCUCUUUUUCUCUGUUCACCCAUCCUGGACCAACAAACACCGCCCAUGGAAUUGUCUAGCCUAAGAAGUCCAGCUUUCAGAAUCCAGCCUGCUUUAAUGUGGGUGCUUCUAAAAGGCUUUCCAGAGUACAGAACGGAACAGCACUGCAUGGAACAACAGGCAAACUAGUUAUACUGAAUUAUAGACAUCAAAGCUCUGAGAUUAGAAGUUGUACCCAUCUUCAAAAAAAGGGGGUGGGAGAAGAUUGAGGUAACUACCGAUCCGUCAGCUUUUCGAUACCAGGAAAGAUCCUAGAACAUAUAAUUAAAUAGUGAGUCUGUGAGUACUUAGAAAAGGAUGCUGUGGUUGUGAAGACCCAGUAUGGGUUCUCAAAAACAAGUCAUGCCAGACUCAUUUCUUUUAUUGAUAAAGUUACAAGCUUGGUAGAUUGGUGAAUGCUGUAGGUGUGGUGUAUCUUGAUUUCAGUAAGGCUUCUGACCAAGUCCCCUGUGAUAUUCUUGCAAAGAAGCUGGUAAAAUGUUGG